AUCGAGUUUGCGAUCUUCAAUACUUGAGGCAGAAAACGAUCGGUACUCUGUAAAAGAUUGGAUUCCUUUCCUUCUCUUUCAAUUAUCCGGGGAAUCCACAAUGGGUGCAUAUAAAUAUAUGCAGGAGCUUUAUCGCAAGAAGCAAAGCGAUGUUCUUCGCUUCUUGCUUCGCGUCAGAUGUUGGCAGUAUCGUCAGUUGACUAAAAUGCAUCGUGCCCCGCGACCAUCUAGACCCGAUAAAGCACGUCGUUUAGGUUACAAAGCUAAGCAAGGUUUUGUCAUAUUUAGAAUUCGUGUAAGGAGAGGUGGUCGCAAACGCCCUGUUCCCAAAGGUGCAACUUACGGAAAGCCAAAAAGUCAUGGUGUUAAUCAGUUAAAACCCACUAGAAAGUUACAGUCGGUUGCAGAAGAACGUGUUGGUCGCCGUUGUGGAGGUUUACGAGUUUUGAACAGUUAUUGGGUAGCACAGGACUCUUCAUAUAAAUAUUAUGAAGUUAUUUUGAUUGAUCCAGCACAUAAGGCAAUUCGUAAUGAUCCAAAAGUUAAUUGGGUAUGUAAUGCGGUACAUAAACAUCGUGAACUACGUGGAAAAACAUCAGCUGGCAGAAGUUCGAGAGGUUUAGGCAAAGGACAUCGUUAUUCACAAACUAUCGGCGGUUCUCGUCGUGCAGCAUGGUUGAGAAGAAAUUCCUUGUCGCUUCGCAGGAAGCGGUAAAUUUUUUAAUUGUCCUCAAUAAUAAUCUUCACAUGUACACGAUACAUCAUUUCAUUGAUAUAUUAAAAAUAUUUGUAUCAAUAUUAUGGUAUAUCUUGUACGAAAUAAAUGUUUCUUUCCUAAU